GCCACGUCGUGCCUCUCUCCUGGUCGCUGCCGCCGGACCCUCAGACGUUACGUUGAAUUAAAGAAAAUACUUUAUCAGAGGAUGGCCACUGCACAAUUGCAGAGAAUCUCCAUGAGUGCGUUGGUAUUUCCCAGUAAGAUGUCAACUGAGCAGCAGUCUUUAAUGUUAGUGAAGAGGCUUCUAGCAGUUUCAAUAUCCUGCAUCACGUAUUUGAGAGGAAUAUUCCCAGAAUGUGCUUAUGGAACAAGAUACCUAGAUGAUCUGUAUGUCAAAAUUCUGAAAGAAGAUAAGAAUUGUCCAGGAUCUACACAGUUAGUGAAGUGGAUGUUAGGAUGCUAUGAUGCUUUACAGAAAAAAUAUCUAAGGAUGGUUGUUCUAGCUGUAUACACUAAUCCAGAAGACCCUCAGACAAUUUCAGAAUGUUACCAGUUUAAAUUCAAGUACACCAGUAAUGGACCAAUCAUGGACUUCAUGAGUAAAAACCAAAUCAGUGAAUCUAGUAUGUCAUCUGCUGACACCAAGAAAGCAAGUAUUCUUCUCAUUCGCAAGAUUUAUGUUCUAAUGCAAAAUCUGGGACCUUUACCUAAUGAUGUUUGUUUGACCAUGAAACUUUUUUACUACGAUGAAGUUACACCCCCAGAUUACCAACCUCCUGGUUUUAAGGAUGGUGAUUGUGAAGGAGUGAUAUUUGAAGGGGAGCCUAUGUACUUAAAUGUGGGAGAAGUCCCAACACCUUUUCACACCUUCAAAGUAAAAGUGACCACUGAGAAAGAACGAAUGGAAAAUAUUGAUUCAGCUAUAUUAUCACUAAAACAAUUAAAAACACCACUUAAAAAAAUUCUCAUGGACAAAGAUGAUUUCGAAGAUGAACAGGAGCAUUACGUAAGUGGUGAUUUUGACAUUGAAACUAAAAGGGAAGAGCAGAAAAAAAACCCUGGAUCUUCUGAACUUGGAGAACCAGGUGUAGUUUGUGAAGAAGAUGAAACUAUGAGGUCUAAAGAAAGUCCAGAUCUUUCAAUUUCUCAUUCUCAGGUUGAGCAGUUAGUCAGUAAAACAUCUGAACUUGAUGUGUCUGAAAGCAAAACAAGAAGUGGAAAAAUCUUUCAGAAUAAAAUGGCUAAUGGAAAUCAACAAGUAAAAUCUUCUAAGGAAAAUCGGAAGAGAAGUCAGCUUAAAUCUGCGAAAACAGUCCUUCAUCACUUUGAUUCUUCUAGUCAAGAGUCAGUGCCAAAAAGAAGAAAGUUUAGUGAACCAAAGAAAAAUACAUAAAAAAAUUUUUUUCUGCAUGUUUGCAAAGUUCUUCACAACAUUUAAAGGACAUUAUAUUACUGUUUUAAGGUGUGUUUGCCCUACCUCUGAAAACUUACAUGUAGUCUUAAGCAGUUAGUACACUAAAAUUAAUCCUUAGCUGACUAUCAUAUUGUGAUCCUUAAUCUUAUCUGAGACAAACUCAGGAGAACUUUUGAGUAAAAAGUACCAGUGUCAUAAUUUAUUCUGUGAAUUAUCUACUCAAUAUUGAUCUAUCUUCCAUUUUGGUGGACACUUCCUUUUAACAUAUAUUAACGUUUAAGGUCCUCUAAAGCCAUUUUUUGAAGUAAAUAAUGUUUAUUUUGGUAUUAACUUUUGAUAGUAAUUCACUUUUUACUUAUGUUAAAACUAUACAAUUUAACUGGCUAUGUCUGUCAUGUUAUUAAAACAAUGUUCUUCAGUACUUUGAUAUAGUGUAUUAACAUGAUAAUAUAUAAUGUACAAUUAAAAAGUGGUGCUUUAACUUUUUUAACAUUUUUUACUACAAGACAAAAUGAUUUUAAAGUCUGGCAUUUUUGGCAGCAUAAAUAAAAUAUUGUUCAGCAUC